CUGGACUGCCGCUCACCGCGCCCCUCCUGUUCGCCAGCUUCGCGAGGAGCCUUCUGCACCCGACCAGGCAAACCCCUCCUCCGCCACCCCAAGCCGCCCGCCAUGGACACAGACAAUCCCGGCACGCCUACCGGCGCCGAUGCCUCUCGCAACCAGCAGGUCGAUAAUGCCAUCCGAGCCAUUCGCGAGAAGAAGCCCCUGCCCGAGAUCGACUUCACCAUUCACACCAUGGAAGAUGGCACCCAGGUGAACACCAUGGAGCGUGUCUGCAAGGAUGUGCAGGCCCCCGCCAUGCAGAAGCCCACCAACGAGCAGUUCUUCCACGACGAAACCCACAGCAAGCCCGACAUUAACUUCCUCAAGCAGCACUUCUAUCGCGAGGGUCGCUUGACCGAAGAGCAGGCUCUAUGGAUCCUCAAGAAGGGCACAGAGGUUCUUCGCGCCGAGCCCAACCUGCUCGAGAUGGAUGCGCCCAUUACCGUCUGCGGUGACGUCCACGGCCAGUACUACGACCUCAUGAAGCUCUUUGAAGUCGGCGGCGACCCCUCCGAGACCCGCUACCUCUUCCUCGGCGACUACGUCGACAGGGGCUACUUCAGCAUCGAGUGUGUCCUGUACCUCUGGUGCCUCAAGAUCCACUAUCCCAACUCGCUGUGGCUGCUGCGCGGUAAUCACGAGUGUCGCCACCUGACAGACUACUUCACCUUCAAGCUCGAGUGCAAGCACAAGUACUCCGAGGCCGUCUACGAGGCCUGCAUGGAGUCGUUCUGCUCCCUGCCCCUGGCCGCUGUCAUGAACAAGCAGUUCCUCUGCAUCCACGGUGGUCUGAGCCCCGAGCUGCACACGCUCGAUGACCUGCGAACCGUAGGUCCCAGCCCCCCCUCCCCUGGCUCGUUGAAGCGAGUGUCGGUCUCUCAGUCCUCAAAUACUAACAUGUCGCAGAUUGACCGUUUCCGUGAACCUCCUACACAAGGCCUCAUGUGCGACAUUCUGUGGGCUGAUCCGCUCGAAGACUUGUGGACAGGAGAAGACGAUGUCAUGACCAUCUUCUCGGCGCCCAACUACCUGGACGUUUACAACAACAAGGCUGCCGUUCUCAAGUACGAGAACAAUGUUAUGAACAUUCGCCAGUUCAACUGCACACCUCACCCCUACUGGCUCCCCAACUUUAUGGAUGUCUUCACUUGGUCGCUGCCCUUCGUCGGUGAGAAGAUCACCGAUAUGCUCAUUGCGAUUCUCAGCACGUGCUCCGAGGAGGAGCUCAAAGAAGACGCCACGCCAUCAUCCACCUCGCCGGGCCCCGUCUCGCCUCCCCUGUCCUCGGCCGCCGCCGUCAACAUGGACCCCGACUCGAUCGAGUUCAAGAGGCGCGCGAUCAAGAACAAGAUUCUGGCCAUUGGGCGUCUGUCGCGCGUCUUCCAGGUUCUGCGCGAGGAGUCUGAACGUGUCACGGAGCUCAAGACGGUCUCUGGCGGACGUCUGCCUGCCGGCACGCUCAUGCUGGGUGCCGAAGGCAUCAAGAACGCUAUUAGCACGUUCGAGGACGCGAGGAAGGUCGAUAUCCAGAACGAGAGGCUGCCGCCGACCCACGAUGAGGUCGCCAGGCAUCAGGAGGAAGAGAGGCGGCAGAAUCUCGAGAAGGCUGCCGAGGAUGCAGCCAACGACAAGAAGCUGCAGCAGCUUAGCAGGAGGCUCAGCACGUGA